GUAGCAGAAUGAAAUACGCAAUAGCUGUAGUUUGUUUUUGUGCAGCGGUGUCAGCUGGUGGCAUAUCCAAAACUUACUUGCCACCACAUGCAGAAACAGUAAGACAUAGUGUUAGUGUGCAGGCACCAUCGAAUGAAUAUUUGCCACCAUCUGUGGCAGCUUCUGCACCAGCACCUUCAGUAUAUCACGCCCCAGCCCCUGCUGUACAUCACGCACCAGCCCCUGCUGUACAUCACGCCCCAGCUCCUGCUGUACAUCACGUCCCAGCUCCUGCUGUACAUCAUGCCCCAGCACCUUCAGUAUAUCACGCCCCAGCCCCUGCUGUACAUCACGCUCCAGCCCCAGCUGUACAUCACGCACCAGCACCUGCUGUACAUCACGCCCCAGCAUCUGUCUCUCAUCAUUUCUCUGCUUCAACUUCUCAUUUUGGAGCGGCAUCCGUCCAACACAGCUCUGUAAGUCAAGUUCGCACACCCAGUGUUGAAUAUUUGCCACCAUCAGCUUCAGCUCCAGCUCCAGUAGUACAUCAUGCUCCAGCUCCAGUAGUACAUCAUGCUCCAGCUCCAGUAGUACAUCAUGCCCCAGCUCCAGUAGUACAUCAUGCACCAGCACCAGCUGUACACCAUGCACCAGCACCAGCUGUACAUCAUGCACCAGCCCCAGCUGUACAUUAUGCUCCAGCACCAGCUGUACAUCAUGCACCAGCACCAGCUGUACAUCAUGCACCAGCACCAUCCGUAUAUCAUGCACCCGCACCUUCUGCUCCAGUUCAACAUCAUAAUGCACCUAUAAGUUUACCACAAUCUGAAUAUUUACCACCAGUGCAUCAUAACACAGCUGCAUCAACAAAUAGUUUUAAUAUUGCUGACAGUUCUGCUACUGGAGAACUUAAGGGUGAUGGUUAUCAUUAUAGAACUUCCCGACGUUUGAAAAAGCAUCGCCGACACUAA